AUGAAAUGCACCGUGUUCAUGGGCUCCGACGACUUCCAACGCCAAGCUUUGACCGUCUUGCGCAUGCGCAUCCUCGGCGCAGAGGUCAUCCCCGUUGAUGCGCCGCGCGGAGGCGAAAAGGGUACACUCCGCGACGCAGUCAACGAGGCCUUCCGUGUCUGGGCGACGGAGCUGAAGACGACGCAUUUCGUUAUCGGCUCGGCGUUUGGCCCGCAUCUAUAUCCGACUAUAGUGCGCACAUUCUAG